GGCCCAGAGACGGCGAGCGCCCGGCCCGGGGUCCCGCAGCAGACGAGCGGCGGGGCGAGGGGCGAGCACCGGUGCCCACUCCGGGCUAAGCCCCGCCACCCUCAGACCGGACUCAGACCGGACGCGGGCCCGACCCCCACGGGGGGGGACUCGAAGCCCCUCCGACGGAGGAGGAGACCCGAGGCCCACACACCCGAAGCGGGCACCAGGGGCUCGGCCGGGACCGGACCGACUCGUCGUGGCCCCCUCGCCCCAGCGUUUAGUACAGGGCUCCGCACACGAGCGGAGAAGAUGGCCAAGCUGGAGGGAUUGGAGUUCUGGCGCCUCGGCCUGCGCGGGGCCCGGCACGUGGUGGCCCCCAUGGUGGACCAGAGCGAGCUGGCCUGGAGGCUCCUCAGCCGCCGCCACGGGGCCCAGCUCUGCUACACCCCCAUGCUCCACGCCCAGGUCUUCGUCCGCGACGCCAACUACCGCAAGGAGAACCUCUACUGCGACGUCUGCCCCGAGGACCGGCCCCUCAUCGUGCAGUUCUGCGCCAACGACCCGGAAGUGUUUGUAAAGGCCGCUCUGCUGGCUCAGGAUCACUGUGACGCCAUAGACUUGAAUUUGGGCUGCCCUCAAAUGAUCGCCAAGAGAGGUCACUACGGAGCCUUCUUACAGGAAGAGUGGGAUCUGCUGCAGAGGAUGAUCCUGCUGGCGCACGAGAAGCUCUCCGUUCCCAUCACCUGCAAAAUCCGUGUCUUCCCAGAAAUCGCCAAGACGGUGAAAUACGCCCAGCUGCUGGAGAGGGCCGGCUGCCAGCUGCUGACCGUGCACGGCCGCACCAAGGAGCAGAAGGGGCCCCUGACGGGCGUGGCCUCGUGGGAGCACAUCAAGGCCGUGCGGAAGGCGGUGGGCAUCCCCGUGUUCGCCAACGGGAACAUCCAGUACCUGGGCGACGUGGAACGCUGCAUCCGGGAGACCGGGGCCCACGGCGUCAUGAGCGCGGAGGGCAACCUGCACAACCCCGCCCUGUUCGAGGGGCGCAACCCGGCCGUCUGGGAGGUGGCGGAGGAAUACCUGGACCUCGUGCGGCGCCACCCCUGCCCCCUGGCCUCCGUCCGGGCGCACCUCUUCAAGCUGUGGCAUCACACGCUGCAGGUGCACCGCCGGCUGCGGGAGGAGCUGGCCAAGGUCAAGACCCUGGAGGGGCUGGCCGACGUCAGCCGCGAGCUCAAGCUCCGCUGCCAGGAGGAGAUGGCCCUUCAGCAAGAAGGCUCGAGGCCCCCCGGGGGACUGCCCUUCUUCCACUGGAUCUGCCAGCCCUACGUCCGACCCGGGCCCAAGGAGGGGAGCAAGGAGAACGGCAGCCAGCCAGGGAAACGGGCCCUGGAGGAAGAGGAGGAGGAGGAGGAGGAGGAGCCGGCGCAGGGAGGCAGCCACGCAAACCCGCUCUCCAAGAACAAGCAGAAGAAAAAGCUGAGGAAUCCCAGCAAGAACUUCGACCCCUCCCUCAAACCGAAAUACGCAAAGUGUGAUCAGUGUGGAAACCCCAAGGGCAACAAGUGCGUGUUCAACCUGUGCCGGGGCUGCUGCAAGAAGAGAGCCUUCAAGGAGACAGCCGACUGUCCGGGUCACGGGCUCCUCUUUAAGACCAAAUCGGAGAAGUCGCACGCGUGGAAGGGCGGCCGGGCCCGACCCCAGGAGCUCCAGCAGCGGAGGGAGGCGGGUCCGCCCGAGGGGCCCGCCGGACUCCCAGAGGCCGUGGGCUGACGGGCCGCCCGCCCCAGCCGGGACGAUCUCAUUUAAGGAAACGCCUCUUACUCAGGGAAAUCUCCCGUCGCCGACCUCGGAAGGAAAGGCGGGCGGGGACGAGGCCCCGGGGCCGCCCGGUCUGCCGUCGCGCCCCUCCGCUCCCCCCUGCCUGUUUUAGCCAGAAAUAAAUAGAUCUUUUACAGCACA